UCCUGUGCGUCACAUCCGGUUCCAUCCCGAACCCGUGCGUCCCAACUAGAAGCUCGCUGCGCCCUGCCCGCGCACCGCCAGGGGGUGUGUAGCCCUCAGCCUUGGCCGCGAACCCAGCUCUCCUCCGCGUGAAGCUGCUCGGCCCCGAGUGGGCGGCGUCGGGGAACCUAGCUGCAUCGUCCGUUGUCGUGGGGGGACGGCGCGCAGUCGACUCCGGUGCAUCCUGCAGAACUGAGCCCCACGGGGGACGGGUAUCACCUCGCCCUGGAGUCAGCCCGGGUCAAACUAAGGACCGGGCGCCCGGGUGGCGGGCUUCGCAGGGCUGGACGCACAGCUACCCAGGUCUCAGUCUCUGUGGGUUCUAUUCAAACUUGGACACCCACCCUCAAGCCUGACAAACCCACUUUGAUCCCUUAGGCCUACAUACAAGAAGGUGAGAACCAACUCCUUCAACCUCCACAGACAUGCUAUGUACACAUAAACCCACCCCUACUCACAAAAACCACGUAAACAAAUGUAAUUUUUAAAAUUGGAAAAGUGGCUGCCUGAUGAAUCUCAUGGGUUUAUGUUGACCAAGGCCUGUGGGGUUUCUGUGCCCUGUGCUGGCCUUCCUCUCAGUGCCUGGUCAGGUGGGCAGAAUGGGCGGUUUGUCAAAGGCCAACCGUCACAAAGACUGUGUGCUGGGGAGGGGGGGGGGAAUUGAAACAGGUUACUACACUUCCCAAGCUGGCCUGAAACUUAGGCUCCUCCUGCCAUAUCCUCCCCAUGCUGGGGUUACAGACUUGCACCUUAUUCCUGCUGACCCUGACUCUUGGAAGGCCAGGUAUAGAGUCUGUUUGCAUUUGCACUGUCAGAAUGUUCUCUGAUCAGUGGAGUGAUCAAAAUCCACCGGUGUCACUGUGGGAGUGGCUUCUCUCAGUGGUUCCUUGCUUGGCUGCCCUUGAAUCAUCAAGGAGCAUGAAACAUGAUCUGAAACUUGAACUUUUCUUUGAGGUUCUCUUACUUUACUGCUGGAGAUAUCGGGCCUCUUCCUCUCUGUUGCUUAUAGAUCCUGGGUCUUCAUUUGAAUCCAUUCAUUUGAUGAUAGUAAAAUGGCCACUCUACUUUCAGUCUGACUGCUCUCCUGGGCAGGAAAGGGAGAUGGUGGAGUAUGAAUUCUCUUUCCAUCCCAGCACAGGGCCUGGCCAGUCCUGGAGCCUAGGACGUUCAGCUACCACCUUUGCGUCCUCACUUUGCUGGAAACAGACAUGUCGGGGUCCACGUUCAUGCAGACCAGGACCGCUGCCUGCUCCUCCAACUGUGUCCCUCUGCUGGGGAAGUCACUUUGAUCCAUGUGGUCCAUCCUUGAGGUUCACUUCCCACAAGUCCCCUCAGCAUGUCAUCAGCAAAAUCCCAAGCACCGGAGGAGACAGUGCCUGGCUGCGAAGAGGAGCUGAAAGGAAAGUCACUUCUCACUUGGGGCUCCCUUUUUGGUCACCGGAGUGAGAAGAUUGUCUUUACCAAAGGUGAUGGAAGUCCAGAGGAGAGCCUGCUCACCGUCACCAUCACGGAGACCACUGUCAUUGAGUCAGACUUGGGUGUGUGGAGCUCAAGGGCUCUCAUCUACCUCACGCUGUGGUUCUUCUUCAGCUUUUGUACGCUGUUCCUCAACAAGUACAUCCUGUCGCUGCUGGAGGGGGAGCCCAGCAUGCUAGGUGCUGUGCAGAUGCUGUCUACGACAUUAAUUGGAUGCGUUAAAAUAUUUGUUCCUUGCUGUUUGUAUCAACACAAAACCCGGCUCUCUUACCCACCCAAUUUCAUCAUGACCAUGCUCUUCGUGGGCCUCAUGAGGUUUGCCACGGUGGUUUUGGGGCUGGUCAGCCUGAAGAAUGUGGCAGUGUCCUUUGCUGAGACUGUGAAGAGCUCAGCUCCCAUUUUCACUGUGAUCAUGUCACGAAUGAUUCUGGGGGAGUACACAGGGCUGUUGGUCAACCUGUCCCUUAUCCCAGUCAUGGGAGGACUGGCAUUGUGCACAGCCACUGAGAUAAGCUUCAACAUCCUGGGGUUUUCAGCUGCGUUAUCCACUAAUAUUAUGGAUUGUUUGCAGAAUGUUUUCUCAAAAAAGCUUCUCAGUGGGGACAAAUACAGGUUCUCGGCCCCGGAGCUGCAGUUUUACACCAGUGCUGCUGCCGUGGCCUUGCUGAUCCCAGCGUGGGCCUUCUUCAUGGAUGUCCCUGUGAUUGGUAGGAGUGGGAAGAGCUUCAGCUACAGCCAGGACAUGGUGCUGCUGCUGCUGACGGACGGUGCCUUGUUUCACCUUCAGAGUGUCACCGCAUACGCCCUGAUGGGAAAGAUCUCCCCUGUGACUUUCAGUGUCGCCAGCACUGUGAAGCACGCCUUGUCUAUCUGGCUCAGCAUCAUCGUUUUUGGCAACAAAAUCACCAGCCUUUCUGCCAUUGGCACCAUACUUGUCACAGUGGGCGUCUUGCUCUACAACAAGGCCAGGCAGUAUCAGCAGGAGACCAUGCAGAGUCUGGCCACAGCCAGUAGCCGAGGCUCAGAGGAUGACACAGAACCUCUGGUUCCCCAGGACUCAAGACAGCACCACUGAGCUCCUUCUGAUGCCGUGUCCCACGGAAACCAAGCCUAGACUGUCCUCCUGCACUGUAUGCUGGAAGAGAGAGGCAGACUCUGCAGGCAGGUCUUUUGUUCCUCGCUGGACACCAGAUGGGGAGUUUGGGGAUCAGCCUGACAGAGCCCUGCAGGAGGAAGCAAAUGACCUGCAGCUAACCGGGCAGCAGCUGCCCAGCCUGCAGUUGUACCAAUGACUCGGUGGGGCCAACUGUGGAAUAAGCACAGGUUCCAGUACCAGCAAGAGUUGCUGUCUGCUUGAUGCUGUCCGGGAGAUCUCAACUUUCUUAUGACCACCACCACCACAGGCACCGAAGCCUCCUGUUUCCUGAAAGAAAUUCCAGAUGCCAAUGACUCUAGCAUGGAGCCACAAAACCCUGGGGAUGCAGAGUGGCUGACAGAACAGAGGCAAGUGUCUCCUUCCACGGAGGAGUAGAGCUUCUAUGAAGAGAAAGUCUCUGCUACAUGGGGCUACCCCACUCCAGGUUUGCUGUCCCGUGUUUCUGCUACCCGUUUGGUGAUUUCUCCAGCUCGGGCAGAUCUGUAAUCGGAACAGAGGCCCUGGAGUUCCUUUCCAUCCUGGUAUAAUGAAUGUGCAGCAGGCAAAGUUGACCACCCUGCCAGAGUCCCCUUCUGGGUGAUGACAGGGAAGUUUUGCGGAGCAUCUGAGUGUUUACAGGUUACCUGCAUGUACAGUGACUCAUUGUAGCAAAGCAGGCACCUGUAGCAGCUCCAGGUGCCCAGAGUCUGUCCUUCCUCCCAGGGUCACUGGUGCCGGAGCUCAAGAUGCCUGAGCAGUGGAGGACCAUAGUGGGGGCUUGGGCAUGAGAUACUAAGGUUUUACUUAUUCGUCAAUUUGUGGGUUCUGAUGUGGGGUGGGGUGCAGCCCAUGACCAGCCAGUCUUUAAAACUCUCUUCUCCAGUAACCCAAACGCCGAGACUUAGGAGCUUUAGCCACUGGCUCUUUCAGUUCCAAGUCUCACUUUCCCUGCUGUCCAUCUUCGGGGCCCGUGCUGGUUCAUUGACUUCCAAGUUGGCUUCUUGCCUGGAAAAGGACCCUCGACGAGACAGAUUGAUUUGAAAAAGAGCAAUAAUUAUGUCUAAUUUUUAUUUACUUGAAAAAGUCUGCUAUGAUGAUGGAUCAAAAUGAGGCCUUUUAAUCUAUAAUCCGCCUUUUCAGAGAAGCUGGCUUGUGUUCUGGACACAGGCUAGGUGCGUCUUCCCUGUGCUGAGGUCACCUCCACUAUGAAGGGUUCUCUUAGUUGACUUUCCCCAGGUUUCUAGUUCCAGUAGAGGGCAGAUGAUGGGUGUUGGGUUAAUCUGUACAUUAGGCCCUAUCUCCUCAAGAACCUGGCUGUGGAGCUGCUGACACACACAGGACAUGUGUUUGGGCAGUGGUUGGAAGAUUCCUCUGGCCUUCUUACAGAUCUUGUCUAAUUACGUUCAGAGCCCCAAAUGUCUGGCUUCUGAGUAGCACUUGGAAUUUCUGUCUCUGUGUCCCAUGUGGAAUUAGGAAAUGGCCCAUUGUGACUUGUUCUGUCUACUCCUCCACUUCAACAACCUUUCUGCCUGUUUUGAUUUUCUAAGUUUGUGGACUAGAAACAAAAACAAAGAUUUUCUUAAAGCAACUUCUUAAAAAGCUGCUUUUGAGACAGGAAGACCAUGGCAUCUGUGCUAGAGCCAGCACCACAGCCUGUCCGGCUUUACAUUCCAUGCACAUCCUUGCCACAUGGCCACCUCUUCCAGCAUUUUCAGGAUUUCUGGCCAUUUGUUAUGACCAUACCAUCACAAUAUUUUUUUAUUAACGUUGUCAGUACUUUUAUAUCAUACUGUGUUUUUCUGUUGCUGAUGUACAUGUAGAAAUAUCAUGGUUUAAUUUUUCCUAAGUCCAUGUAUUUGUCUGGUCUUUUGUAACAGAACACCGGAUGAACAUUCUGAGCCAGCCAUCUGCUUCCUCACUACACACAUAGUUAAGAGAUAGACAGAUUUCUAAUUUCAGAACGCUUCUAGGGGCUGUAGAAAAGACUUGGUGGGGAAGAACAAGUAAUGCUCUUGCUGAAGACCCAUGCUCAGUUUCCAGAACUCAUGUAGGGUGCCUCACAACUGCCCGUAACUCCAGCUCUAGGGAUUCUGAUUCCUCUAGCUUCUGUGGGCAUCUGCACUCACACACACACAUAUACUUGUGCGCACACACAUGAUUUUAAAAUAAGUACAUUAAAAAAGACUCCCAUGACUUUGGGGUGUAGCUUAGUGAUCUGAUACAUUGGUGUCAUUCAUUGUGAAACCAGCACACAUGGGAUAGAGGGAGACGAGACCCCAAAACUUCCACCACAGUAGAUGGAUUUUGUUUAAAGUUGGGCAUGGUGGCACUUACCUGUAAUCAUAGUCCUGUGGAGGCAUUAGGCUAUAUAGUUAUUCCAAGGCUAACUUGGGCUACAUAUGAGGAUCCUGUUUCAAAAUUAAAAAAAAAAAAGUUUUUUUCUGAUCUUUGUAAUUUCUUACAUACCAGCAUUAUAAUCUGUCUG